AUGAAUAAACAAGUGUUAGGACAUUUUAAUAAAUUAUUGACAAAUGAAUUGACUUCUGUGCGUCAAUAUCUUUUGCACUUUGCAGUACUUGAGAAUCAUGGGAUUAAUACGCUUGCAAAAAAGAUGAAAAAUGAGCUUAAUGAAGAGCUUGAACAUGUAUGUAAGUUAGCGGAAAGAAUUUUAUUCUUGAGAGGAAUACCAAAUUUUCAGGAUACAAACAAAAUAUCAAAAUACGAUGGAAAUUUCACAAAAGACACAAUAAAAGAAAUUUUGUUAGAUAAUUUAAAAUUAGAAGAUAAGGGUAUAAGGGAUAUCAGAGAAGCAAUUUUUACUGCUGAAAAAGAAAAAGAUUUUGUUAGCGUGAUGCUCCUAGAAGAAUUAUUAAAAAAUGAAGAAGAACAUCUUCAUUGGCUUGAAAAACAGAUGGAUCUUAUCGCAUUAAUGGGUGUAGAAAAUUAUUUAAAAACACAGGUAUAAAGUGUUAAAAACAAUAGUCUUUGUUUUAAUCUUUACAAUUCUUUUUUCAUUAGGGUUAUGGCAGAUAUCUAGGUUAAACUUGAAGAAAAAUAUCAUAAAAAGCAUGAGCCUUCCAACGAUACAUCUGUUAAUUCAUGAUGAUCUUGAAAAGUUUAACUACCGGCAUGUCAAGAUCAAUGGAGUAUUAAGCAAUGUAGAGCUAUAUGUUUUUGCGGGACAACAUGGGUAU